GGAGCAGGAAGCUCUGGCGGACAAGUACAGCCAGUUUGACCCGACCAGCGGUGAGCCCACACAUGACAAGGAGGGGAAGCUGCUGGAGGGCAAGGCCAAGGAUAAGGCCCGUAAGGACUUUGAGAAGGCGGUCAAGGUCCGGGAGCCGCUCACCAAGAAGUUGGCGGAGGACCCCCAGGCGUUGGACUCCAUGCGGGCCGAGCUGGAAGACUUGAGGAAGCAGCUGGAGGCGCUCAGCACUUGA